AAAGAUUAUUUGCACUUUCACUCAGUCUUUAAUCCUUAAAUAUUCUUCCGUAGGUUUCAAAUAUUCAGUGACCAAAGAUUCCCCCUGCUUUCCAAUUGUCAACGCUCUUACGUUAUAUUAAAAUCGUUGGAGAUAAAGAAUACCAUGUUGUGUAUAUGCCGAGACACCUGUAAUUACUCUUAUCUUAUACUCCUACUAGUAUUCGUUAUUUGAGAUUGUAUUUAUUUAGUACAAAAUUGGAUGCUAAGAUUUUCGAGCUUUUUUCAGUUCCUGAACGAGAAUUGCUCUUCCUUAAUCAAGCUCAUGGCCCAGCUAGUUAGCUUCGACUUCACGAUGCUUUCACGUUCAUUUGGUAUCUGUUUUAAGGAAUUACCCAAGAAAUUGAACUUAUUUAGUUCUAUCAGCUAUUUUCUCCAAUUUUUCACUUUUUUGGAUUCCUUGGAAUUUCUUUUUCCUGGUGGUAUCAAAACGCCGGUAUGUUGGGAUAUCUUAUCUGUCUUUCCAAGAAAAUGGAUGUCUGAUCUCUCUCUCCAUUUUGUUUCAAGCAUUCACUGGGCAGUUUCCAUACAACCAUUUUACCCUCUUUUUUUUUGGUGCGAGGUAAUUUCUUAGUAUAUAGCAACUUCUUGAUUUGCUUGUAUGGAUGCUAUUCUCUAUAGGCAUUGCUCGAACAAUACCAUCUCAUUUUGGAUUGUUUAUAUGGUAAAUUGUUCUGUUUUUGGUUUAAUCAGAUUGAGAGACAGUUAUUAUUAGUCAGUGAGGAUGGAGAAGCCUUAUAAUUUGCAUUUUCGAAAACGUAGAUUAGGAAGGGUUAUGAGUUCGCUCCAAUUUGUGCUAGGUGGGCUUGUUAUAUUUGUAAGCCUUUCGACUUUAUUUAGCUUCUAUUCUGUUGGAUUUUUCAUGCAUAAUGAGGAUAUAUGCCGACAUUUUUAUGGCGAACUGUACGAUAUAAAAUCACUGACUGCUCGAGUCGAUGAAGUGCUUAAUAAGAUGGAAACUCUGCAAAACAAGCUAGAACUGACUGUAAAGCAGAUAGAAAAAAAUAAAAUUGAGUUCUCAAGAAGCAAGAUUUCAAGAUUGGAGUACAAGAGGUUGUUAGAAGAAGAGGUGAUUAGGCCUUUAUCAUCGGCGCAAAUUGCCCUUAGGCAAAUUAGGCUGCCAAAAGUUGAAGGAACUGUGGCUAUUAAAGAAGACCCCUUGAUUAACACCUUUGUGAUUGAGGAGAUUCGGAAGUAUAUAACCCCUAAGGUGAGUAGAAAUGGAGAGGUUAAUGCCUAUGGAACUCCGAAGAUUUAUAACACGAUAGGGCAUGCGUGUGUUUCAAUGAAGAAAGAGUUGGAAGAAUAUAUGGAUUAUGAUAUUGGUUCAUAUUGUAAAGAUGAUUGGAAUUUAGCUCAGAAGCUAAUGCUUUAUGGUUGUGAUCCUUUGCCUAGGAGGAGAUGCUUGACGAGGGCGUCUAAGCUUUAUCGGAAGCCUUACCCGAUUGACAAGUCCCUUUGGGAAAUUCCAGAUAGAGGAAAUGUUCGAUGGAGCAAUUACAAGUGCAGGAAUUUUGAGUGCUUAGCAAGUAAGAACCCGAAACGAGGCUACACCAAGUGCACAGGAUGCUUUGAAAUGGACAAGGAACAGCGAAAAUGGGUAACAAAUUCCUCUGUUCCUGUGGAUUUUCUUAUCAAAGAUGUUUUGGCAAUCAAGGCAGGGGAGAUCAGAAUUGGUCUUGAUUAUGGUGUUGGUACGGGGACUUUUGCUGCAAGAAUGAGAGAGCAAAAUGUGACAAUCGUCUCGACUGCUCUCAAUCUCGGGGCUCCUUUCAGUGAGACGAUAGCACUUAGGGGUUUGAUUCCGCUAUAUGUGACAUUGAACCAACGACUCCCUUUUUUUGACAACGCGAUGGAUUUGAUCCAUACGAAUGGACUUAUGGAUGGUUGGAUUGAUCUGCAGCUAUUGGAUUUCAUCCUUUUUGACUGGGAUCGCGUUUUAAGACCAGGAGGAUUGUUGUGGAUCGAGAGAUUCUUCUGUAAUAGGAGGGAUCUCGACGAAUUCAUGUACAUGUUCCUGCAAUUCAGGUACAAAAAACACAAGUGGGCUAUUUCUCCCAAGUCCAAGGAUGAAGUUUAUCUUUCUGCACUGUUGGAGAAACCUCCACGAUCUUGAUGAUUAUUGUAAGCUUAAUUUUGCAGCCAUCUUCUAUUGUGCUUGUUCUCUUGUUGCACAAACACUGUCAUUGAAAUUACAUAUCCUUUUGAUCUUGUGUCUAGUUGUAAAGGAAGUUAUGCUUCGUUUAGGUUCAAAAUACUUGGUCUGCAUGCUGGGAAAGUGUAUAUUUCACAUAUAUUCACCUCUGAACUUCAUAAUAUGAAAUAUGUACUUUUGUUAUAUUAGUACUAAAUUAAUAAUAUUUGAUCAUUUUGGAGUU